CCGCGGGCUGUGGCGAGCGGGCCGCGCCAUGGCGGCGGAUGGCGGGGGGGGGCGGGAGCUGCUCGCCCUCAUCCACCAGCACCUGCUGCGCGGCGGCUUCGCGCGGGCGGCGCGGGAGCUGCAGGCGCAGACCGGACAGAAACUGCUCCCUUCCCUCGCGGCCUCUCUCGAGGACAUCUUUACCCACUGGGAAAAAACUCCAUCGAAUUCCAGGAGAAGAAAGGUGAGUGAUGAGGAAGCAACCAUCCCAGAGAAGAUCCGAGUUCCUGAUCCUGUGAGCAGCUCUGAGAGCUCAGAGAAAGAAGAGGAUGAGAAGGAGAAGACGAAAGCAGCAAAUGCAGCCAGCCUUCCCCUGGCCACCAACUCAGGAGUGGAUGUAGAAAGCAGUGAAGAUGAUGACUCCUCGUCAGAAGAGGAGACAGCAGCUGGAACGGGCACGGUUAUGGUGACACCAGCUGUGGUGAGUGGCAAAGCUGCCAACUCUCUGCAUUCUCCCAGCACCCCCCCUGCCCCUGCAGCUGGCCGAGCAGCGGUGCUCCCUGCAGCCAGCAGAACUGCGCUCCCCAACAAGCAGCAGCCUGUAGCUCCUGGGAAGCCCAGCCAUGCUGCACCAGCCACAGCCACAGCAGGGCACAGCAAAGCAGCAGCAACAACCAAAGCACCACAGAGCUCCUCCAGCAGCAGCAGCUCCUCGUCAGAGAGUGAGGAGGAAAAAGAGACACCAGUUGCGAAGGCCCCAGCCCCCAGAGCGGAGCCAAAGCAGGCAGCUGUGGCAGCUGAGAGCAGCAGUGAGGAAUCAAGUGAUGAGACAUCCUCCGAGGAGGAGCUUCCACCUCCAGUGGUCCAGGCAAAACCAGCUGUGAAAACAGCUCAGGCAAAUAUAACACCUGUGAAAAGUGCACCUGCUGCUCCCAUGCCCCUCAAGAAGAAUGCAGCGAGGCAAACAAAUGCAGCGACACCAAACCAAGCCAAACCCACAUCCACAACGGUUCCAGGGACUGCAAAGGCCAGUGACACGUCGGAGAGCAGCGACUCGUCAGGCAGCGACGAUGAGGAGCCACCACCACUGACCCAAACAAAGCCACCUCCAAAACCCUCCCAGGCCAUCCCAUCCCUAAUGAAACCAACGCCAGCAGCAUCCCUCUCCAGCAAAGCAGCUCCAGCAAAAGCAGUUGCAGCGUCCCAGGGGAAGGCAGCCCCACAGCCAGCAGUGCUGAAGCAGGCCAAAAGCACGCUGGGAAGGACUGCUGCUCCCACAAAGCCUGCCGAAAGCACGAAGCCAGCUGAGAGCUCUGACUCCUCAGACAGCGAAGAGGAGGAUCUCCCUGUUCCUGUCAGCCAGAAGAGGUUAACUGAACAGCCUGGGCCUGUUUCCAACCUGAGCCAGGCUGCUAAAGCUGGGCUGCCUGAAAAAGCAGCAGGAAACGCCUUGAAAAGCCAGGUCUCAGAAAGUGAGAGCAGUGACUCGUCUGACAGUGAAGAGGAGCCUCCUGCAGCACAGCCACGGCCUCCACAAGCUGUGAAAACCAAUGCUGUGCUUCAGCCAGCAAACACAAGGAAGGCACCAGCUGCAGCACCAGCCCCUCUAGCUGUGGACAGCAGCGAGGACUCCAGCGAGGAGUCAGAUUCAGAGGAGGAAAUAGUGCCCCCUUCUCAGAGUGUGGCCCAGCAGAAGGGCCGAGCAGCCCAGGCCCUGUCACCCGGGAAGGGGCCACGUGCCCCUGCUGUGCCACCGGCCAGCACCGAGGUUUCCGCUCUUCCUGGCCUAAAGCAAACGGUUCCAGUGGGAAAAACUCCUCCAUCCAGUGCUGCUGCCCCACUCCCAGGGCUGCCUGCUGCCAGGCCAAAGCCCAGCCUGGUGCCCACGCAGGAGGCUCAUCCCAGCCAGGCAGAGAUCACCUCAGACAGCAGCAGUUCCUCAGACAGCGAGGAGGAGGAGGAGACGCCCAAACAGCCCCCCAAACCUGCAGGCUUGCUGCAGAAACCAGGAGGGACAGAGCCAGCCCACAGCACCUCCUCGGAUUCCAGUGAGGAGGAGGAGGCAGCGUCACAGUCCCUCCUCACAGGCUACCUGGGCCCCUGCACGACUGCAGCAGCAGCACCUCAAGCACCAAAGACGGUUCCCCCCCAGCCUGUAGGCAAAGUGGGGCAGGGGAAAGCAGCCCCCACUAACACAAACUCCCUGGCCAAGGCCUCUGGGAAAGCGGCCGCAGCCGACAGUGACAGCAGCGACAGCAGUGACUCGGACACUGACAUCAACCAGGGAGCUGCGAACCACAGAGCAGAAAACAACCUCCCACCAGGGCAGGAAGCCACGGGAGCCUCCAACAAAGAGAAAGUGGCAGGAAAAACGGACCCAGGUCAUGGCAGCCUCAAGCCACUGAAGAAGGCCCCGGCUGUGAGGGAGAAUGAUGUUGGGGCUAAAGGGGGGCAGGUGAACACGGCAGCGAGCGCACCCCUCUCCAUCCCACAGCCAGAGCAGCUGGGCUUGGGGAGUGACACCAAGGCUGCUGCUGCCAAAGUGCCUCCAGUGCAACCAGGGGAGGGGCUGGAAGUGAAGAAAAAGAAGAAGAAGGAAAAAAAAGACAAGAAGGAAAAGAAGGCGGCUUCCUCCACAGCAGACAAGGCUGUGAAAGCAUCAAAGAGCAAAGACAAGGAGAACAAGAAGCAGAAAACGUCUCAGAAGCGGAAACUGCCGGGAGAGGAUGGGGCUGUUGGGCAGCCCAAGGAGAAGAGGAGGAAAGGGCAAGCUAAUGAAGAAGCACCCAAAAAGAAGAAGAAAGCAGCUGGUGACCUGGAGAAGCUGCCAGGUGGCAAGGAAAAGAAAAAGUCAGCUAAAAAAAAAAAGACUGGAAAAGAAAAGAAGAAGAGCAAAAAGGAAGGGGAGCCUGUAGCAGAUGGCUCUGCUGAGGUUCACAAGAAGAAGAAGAAGAAGAAGAAAACAUCUGAGGCUGAAGGCUUGUGAGAAGGUACAUGGCCUGUGGGGACUGUCGGUGCCUAUAAGCAGCGCUGGCCGGGGCCACGUUCCGUCCUCCUGGGCCAGCCCUGGGAAGCCAGCGUGCCCUCAGAGCCAGCCUGGCCCGGGCUGAGCAGGCCAGGGAGCACAGUGGCGUCAGGAAGGUCAUGCAGCAGGCUGCUGGCUUCUCUGGAUGUGUCUGACCUCGACUCUGUAGCUGCUGAGAACUGGAGCUGUGCAGCGUGGCCGGGGCAGCGUCUGUGCCUCUUGCCGGCACGGGGAGCUCGCAGCAGGGCUGUGCAUUGUGGCUGAUGGUGCUGGAAGUGGACCAGAUGACUGUGCCCUUGCUCUGCCCGGCUGCAAGGCCCAUCUCCUCCUCCCCACCCCUAACUCUUAACUCCUCUCCCCUAAGGUACCGCAGCCCUGUGAGUAAGGAGUUAUGGGUGAAGAUAAACAGAAGAGAGGAAAAGGAAGCUCGGCAGGACAGUUCCAACAGUUGGUUUUGUUUUAGAUAAUAAUUUAUAACUCCUUUUAACUGUGACUCCUUAGAGCAGAGCAGUGUAACUUUGGGCUUCUCCUGCCCUGGAGGGCCCCUCCGGCCACUCACCCCUGGCACACACUGAACUGGAGGAGGCAGUUUGGCCAGAGAAGAGCCAGCCUGCACACACUGCUUUCCACCCAGCCAUCUCUUCUCUUUCUCAUCACAGAGCUAUAUUUUUGAGAAACUUACACCCUUUGUUGUUUUCCUCUCCUUCCCCCUCUCCUGUGAGUUGUGGUGUCAGUCCUUUUGCUACUACGGACAAGAGCUCUGGGGUGUCCGCUCAGUGUGCCGCUGAGGGCAGUGGUGUGGUGGCCCUGGCGUUGCACUGAACGGUUGUGCCCAGCAGCUGUUCUCAGCUGAGCUGCUGCUGGGUUUGGGGGGUUUUUUAUGGAAUACAAAAUAAAAUCUAAA